AUGCAAUACUUACCGCUAGCCGCCGGCAUCAUCGGCAUGGUGAGCUUCACGCGUCCCCAGGACAGUCUGCUGUCGCUGAUGGGCUUCCUUCAGGACGGCGGCAAGCGGAUGACGCACGAGCUGCCGAGUCAGGCGCGUGUCCUGGACGAGUACGACUUCGUGAUCGUGGGUGCCGGUUCGGCCGGUAGCGUUCUGGCGAGCCGGUUGUCGGAGGUCCCGGACUGGUCGGUGCUGCUGAUCGAGGCGGGCCCAGGCGAGAACCUCCUCAUGGACAUCCCGAUGGCGGCGCACUAUCUGCAGAAUUUCAACAUCAACUGGGACUACCGGACGAAGCCGAGCGAUCGGUACUGUUUGGCGUUCAAGAACCGCCAGUGCCGGUUGCCACGUGGCAAAGUGAUGGGUGGAUCGAGCGUGCUGAACUACAUGAUCUACACGCGGGGCAAUCGACGGGACUACGAUCAGUGGGCGGCCCAAGGUAACCCGGGCUGGAGCUACAACGAAGUGCUGCCGUACUUCCGGAAGCUCGAGCGUAGUCGGAUCGCGGACGGGCAUCCGGGCGCGGCCGGGAAGGAUGGCCGGCUAACCAUCUCGUACCCGCGGUACCGCUCGGAGGUGGCGGCCGCGUUUGUGCAGGCGGCCCGCGAGAACGGGGCCCCGUACGUGGACUACAACGGCCCGCGCCAGAUCGGGGUGUCCUAUAUCCAGAGCACCACGAGGCACGGUACGCGCGAGAGCGCCAACGCGGCCUACCUCUACGAUCUGCGUGAUCGCCCGAAUCUGCACGUGAAGAAGCUCGCCCAGGUGACGCGGAUCAUGAUCGACCCGGCGACCGCGCGUGCGACUGGCGUCCAGUUCUACAGUGGCGGCCAGUUCCGGAAGGUUCGGGCCCGCCGUGAGGUGAUCGUGUCGGCGGGCGCAAUCGGAUCGCCCCAACUGCUGAUGCUGUCCGGCGUAGGGCCGGCCAAGCAUCUGCACGAGAACGGCAUCAAACCGAUCGUCGAUCUGCCGGUCGGACACAACUUCCAGGAUCACACGGCCGCCGGUGGGCUCACGUUUCUGGUGGACGGCACCAAGACGAUGAAGUACAGUAGGUUCUUCCGGCUCGACACCUUCAUGGAGUACCAGUUCAACAGGACGGGCCCCCUCACGUCGAUCGGUGGCUGCGAGGCGCUCGCGUUCUACGACUCGGAGCAUCCGGGUGACCCGGACGGCUGGCCGGACUACGAGCUGAUCCAGAUCGGUGGCACACUGGCGGCCGAUCCGACGUACGAGGUGAACUUCAACUAUCGGCCGGAAGCGUUCGAGCAGCUGUUCGGGGAGAUCCGGCAGCGGAACACCGACGGAUUCACGGUGUUCCCGAUGGUGCUGCGGCCCCGCAGCCGUGGCCGGAUAUCGCUGAACGGCUCAAGCCCCUUCCGCCAUCCGGUGAUCGAACCGAACUACUUCGCCGAUCCGUACGAUCUGGAGAUUUCGGUGCGCGCGAUCCGGAAGGCGAUCGAGCUGGCGGAGAUGGCCGGGCUGCGCCAGUACAAAGCCCGGCUGCUCCGGACGACGAUGCCGGGCUGCGAGGACCAUCGGUUCGACUCGGACGACUACUGGCGGUGCUUCACGCGGCACGCCACCUUCACGAUCUACCACCACGUCGGGACGUGCAAGAUGGGACCCCGGAACGAUUCGACCGCCGUCGUGGACGCGCGGCUCCGCGUGCACGGCCUCAAGGGACUGCGCGUGAUCGACGCCAGCAUCAUGCCGGAUGUGCCGGCCGGUCACACCAACGCGCCGACCAUCAUGAUCGGCGAGAAGGGUGCCGACAUGAUCAAGGAAGACUGGAACGAGCUGUCGCACUGAGUGUUCCGGUACAGCCGAGAGAACCUAAAUUUCCUAAGCUCUCGCCAAGAGUCGAGCCAACUGGUAGCAUUUAAAAGGCGCCGCAUUUCACGGCGGCGCGCCCGUAGCGUUUAAGGAUCCACAGUGCAAUACGUUAGAUGUAAAUA